CCCGCACGCGUCAUCCGCCGCAUCACGCGCAUUCCGUUCCGCUGCCACCGCCUCGUGAUCUCAACUCGCCUCGCCUUCCUUUAUAAACGCCGCCGGCCAAGCGUGCACGCACCAGCGAUCCCGCCACCGCCGAAGACGCGUGCGUCCAGCUCCACUCCGCCGGCCCAGACCCAGCCAGCGCGCCUGCCCACCUCCGCCCAGCUGCGGUAGCCUAGCCCCAAAGCUCCUGUCCGCGAUGGCAGCGGCGGCGGCGCCUCGCCCGCGCCUAGACUCCGUCCCCAGCUUCGGCGACGCCCUGCCGCCGGCCGCGGACGAGCCCGCCUCCUCCGACGCCGGCAGCGACUGCGACGAGGACGAGUUCGAGUUCGAGUUCGAGUUCGCCUUCGCGGCGCCCGGGAGCGGCGCCGGGGACGUCCUGGACCUCGCGCCCGCCGACGACCUCUUCGCGCACGGCCGCAUCCUCCCGGCCUACCCGGUCUUCGACCGCCACCUCCUCGACCGCGACGGCGACGGCGAGGCACCGGCCGCGCCGCAGGCGGCCUCCUCCUCCACGGCGCCGCCCUCGCCGGACACCUACUGCGCGUGGGCGCCGCGGUCCGCGCCGGGCUCCCCCGCGCGGGACCCGGGCCCGCCGCUGUUCCCCAAGUCCGCCUCCACGGGGGAGGCGCGCCGCUUCUGGCGCCUCCGCAGCCUCGUGUCCAGCGGCCCCGGCCGCUCCCACAGCGACGGCAAGGAGAAGUUCGUCUUCCUCCAGCCUACCACGCCGUCCAAAACGGACGGCGGCAGCAGGCAGGCCGCCAGGGCUUCAGCGCCAGCGCAGAAGCAGAGCAAGAAGAAGAGCGGCAAGGCCGCCGGCGCUGCCGUGACCGAGAUGGACAUGGCCACCGCGCACAAGCUCUUCUACGGCAAGCCGGGCGGCAGCGCGCUCGCCGGCGACAGGAGGCAGCAGCAGCAGCAGUCCUACCUCCCCUACCGCCCGGGGAUCGUCGGCUUCUUCACCUCCGCGCACGCCCUCGGCCGCUCGCACCACCCCUACUAGCUAGCUACCGCCGGCGAUCACUCCACUCGCUUCGAUCGGGACCAAUAAAGCUCUCGAAGAAGAAAGAUUAUUUCGUUCAUUUUCCCCCCUUUGAUUUUAGGCAAUAGCUCAUUGUUCUAUCGCCAUUUUUCGUGUACAUACAAGAAGUAAAAAUUAAAAAUUAAAACUCCGGCGCCAUUCUUGACUCUGAA